AUGUCUUCCAUCGCGGAAUUAACAGCUCUCGGCAAAGAGCUUGGUUAUGAAGGCGAAGACCUUAGAAGAUUUGUAAGUGAUGAACAAAGUGCUUUAAGGGAUAUUAGAAAUAAGGAACGAGAAUUAGAACGUGAAAAACUAGAAGCUGCUCGUGAGGAAAGAGAAAGGGAACGCCAGGAGAAAGAAAAGGAGCGUGAAUAUGACCGUGAAAAAAGUGAGAGAGAUAGAGCUCAUGAGAUUCGUUUGUAUGAUAUGCAAGAAUCUUUGCAAAAACAGGAGAUUGAGAAAUUGAAACUGCAAAAAGAAAUAAAGGACUCGCCAGUUAAUACCGAAGGUUCCGACACUGAAGGUAACCAGAGUUGUGGCAGGCAGUUGCAGGAGUUGACUUAUCCUGGGGAGCGCAUCCUGAGCGGGACUGCUAAACCCAUUCGAUGUCCACCCUCUAUUAAGUGUUAUAAAUGUGGACAAGUGGGUCAUAAGGCUUCAAAUUGUCUAGAAUAUGCAAAGGGAUCCAAGAAAAAUGGUCAUGCUGCAGCAGGAGAAGUUGUUUAUUGGACCAGAAAGGGCCGUAAAGGAAAUUUUAAAGAUCCUGUUGUGGAUAUAAAUAAAGAAGUGUUUGAAAAUGAUCACACUGAGUUGGCAAGUGUUGCUUCUGAUAUGCCUGUCGAGGAGGCUGAAAAACGUCAGACUCUAAGAUUUCUUGGGACAUGGAUUCAAAGGAAAUCAAGAAAGAGCAAAGAAGAGGAUCCAAGCUUAAGAUCUCUGCGAGAUGAUGCAAGAACUGGUAGAGCUAUUACUAGAGAUGGAAAAGGACCUAUUUUGCCAAGAAGUAGUUCUGGUAACAAAUAUAUCCUGACCAUGGUUGAUUAUGCAACCAGAUACCCUGAAGCCAUAGCCUUACCGUCUAUCGAGACUGAGCGUGUAGCUGAUGCCUUGUUGAGUUUCUUUUCCAGAGUCGGGAUUCCUGAAGAAAUGGUGACUGAUAGAGGCAGUCAAUUUACAUCGCAGAUGAUGGACGAACUAUUGCUGAGAGAUUUGUGGGAUAAGGAGAGAAAUGAGGAAGAGGUAAGAACUACUUACGAUUAUGUAUUCAACCUCCGAGAAAGAUUAGAAGAAACUUGUAAGUUGGCCCAAGAGGAAUUGAAGAAGUCGCAAGAUUUAGGACUGUACCAGUUUAAAGUGCUCCCAUUUGGACUUGUGAAUGGGGGCCCCGCCCCAGCCACUUUCAAUAAGAUGAUGAGAAGUUUAUUUGCAGGUUUAGAGGGGGCUCUCGGCAAAGAGCUUGGUUAUGAAGGCGAAGACCUUAGAAGAUUUGUAAGUGAUGAACAAAGUGCUUUAAGGGAUAUUAGAAAUAAGGAACGAGAAUUAGAACGUGAAAAACUAGAAGCUGCUCGUGAGGAAAGAGAAAGGGAACGCCAGGAGAAAGAAAAGGAGCGUGAAUAUGACCGUGAAAAAAGUGAGAGAGAUAGAGCUCAUGAGAUUCGUUUGUAUGAUAUGCAAGAAUCUUUGCAAAAACAGGAGAUUGAGAAAUUGAAACUGCAAAAAGAAAUAAAGGACUCGCCAGUUAAUACCGAAGGUUCCGACACUGAAGGCAACAUCCCUGGAGCAACAAGGUUGGAGGAACCCACAUCCGGCGCUGUAUUAACGAGAGCUGGUGCGAAAGAAAUCUCAAUCUACAUUCCAAAAGCUGAAAACGUCAGACUCUAA